UGCGGAGGGACGUUCGGAUAUCACACGCAAGAACGUAUAUGAUACUGAUUCCCCGCAGGAAAUAGAAAUGGAGCGGGAUGUUUUCGUGGAGGAGAUAGCCAAGCUGCAAAAGGAUGUCAAGCGGCUCAAGUCUUUGAACAGUCAGCUCUGCUGCGAGAACAAGGAACUGUGUCGAAUCAGAGACAGAGCAGGAGACCUAGAACUUGUUAAUCACCAUCUAGAGAAUUGCAUGGACGUGAGUGCUUCCCUAUUCUUGGCUCAAAAAGAACCGCUUGCUGUUUUUCAGGUUGUAAGCCGGGCCCUGGAGAGCGCCAACCGUGACGUCGUGACUUAUAGGCAGAGGGUAACCGAGACGAGUCUCAACGCCAGAAGAAAUGCCAAGCGGUGCAAGGAUUUACAAGACCAGAUUGCGCUGAUGAAGGAUUGCCUGCACAAGGAGAGACACGAUAGGAAGAACCUGGAAGCCACGCGCGUGUGCCUGGAAGCUGAGCUUAUUAAAGUGGAACAAAAGAUCAGAGCUAAUGGUGGGAGCGUAUCGUCUCCUGGGUCUCCCAAAAGCAGCAGCCCCAGGUCAGCUCGAACGAUUUAGGGGAAGUGUGAGAGGUGGCCGAGA